AUGUCGUCAAUUACAAUUAUUCCACGUUCAUAUGCCUCAACAACAUCAUCAAAUUUACCAAAUAUUAAUAUUCCACCAAUGCGUCCUGCAUAUUUAAAUCCAAAACCAGCACCACGAACAAUUCCACCAACUUACCAACAUCUUACUCAACAAGUUCAACGUAAACCAGCAUUAUAUGGGGCUGGCCAACGUAAGUACAACAAUUUUCAUAAAUUUCAAACAGGUACAACAACAACAUUCAAUGGUUAUACAAAUUAUAAUGGUUCAAACAAUAUUAACUUACCACCUACACCAGCACCACGUCAAUACUUACCACCAACACCAUUUUAUAAUAAUAAUAAUCGUUAUCAACAACAACAAAAUUACCAUUAUAAUCGUUACAAUAAUUAUCGUCGACCCAAUUUUUACAAUAAUAAUAAUUAUAAUAAUAAUAUCAAAAAUUUACCAUCUUUACUUGAUAUUAAUCCAUUUCAUUUACCAUCUGAACAUAAUACCCGGUCAUUCCAUCAUGCCCAACAGUAUCAUCCAAAUCAACAACAUCAUCAACAUUUACCACGUCCAACAUCACGUACCCGUUUCCAUAUAUUAUCACAAUUACCAUCUCAAUCUCGUUCCCGAUCACGUUCACCAUUUCGUCCACCACCAAUAAAACCACGUCGUAUUUACCAACAACAACAACAAAAUAAUAAUAAUAAAAAUAAUUAUCGUCGUCCACCGGUACCCGUACCCAAUAUUAAUAAUAAUAAUAAUAAUUUUAAGGGAAUUAUACUAUCCGAUUCAAUGUGUUCUCGUGUGAGAACUUAUGCAUUAAAAAAUAAUUAUAUUAACAUUGAAUUAUCUUAUGAAUCAGGUUGUGAUAUUGUUAAAAUGAUAAAUUGGUUAAACACACCUGAAGGUCGCGGUACGGUAGGAGAUAAACAAUUUUUACUUUUUUGUUUGGGUACUAACGAUGUGGGGCGGUACGGAGUAGAUGUUUCUCUGCAGCGAGUCAGCGAGCUCAUACGUUUUGUUCGCCAGUCAUUCCCUGGUAUCCGUACCAUUGGUUGGUUAUCUUUGUCACCCCGGUGGAAACCAACGAGAUUCGUCUCCGCGGCCCAAAUCGGACAAAUGCAUAACCAAUUCAAUGAGCAUCUCCGAUUCUUAUCUAAGAAAUUAGAUUUUGAUAUUGUUGAUGCGCGUCUCGGACCCUUGGAUAUGCGUGUAGAAGAUGGGUUACAUCCAUCAACUACCACUGGCCGAUGGAAAUAUGAAGGAGCUAUUCGUGAAUGGUUCUCGAACCGUGCCGCCGCGCACUUUUCUUCUUCUCUUUCAUUUCAGCACCACCACCAACAACAACGUCCAACAGUACCAACACCAACAAUAUUAACAUCAACACCAAUACCAACAUACGCCUCAGUAGUACGAAGAAACAAUAAUGAUAUCGAACGAGCGUCGUGCAUCAAUGACCCAAGAGCACCCGAAGGUAGUCCAGUAUUAUUAGUUAAUGAGAAUAGUAGUAAGGAAGCAGGGAAUAGAACACCUAAGAAUGUUAGUAUAGUUAAGGAAAUAGAGAUAAUAGAGUUACCCAAAACACCACCAGGUUUAGUUGGCCCGCCAAUAGUUAGUCCAAGACAGAGUACCCCGAGAACACCUGUAGCACGCCCCCAACCGUUAGAUAUUGAGAUCGAGAUCCAGAAAGAACAACAACAGGAAGAAAUAGUCGAGUCAGUAGAAAUGAUAGAACAGGAUAAGAUCUUCCAUCAGCCAGCUAGUGUAGUGAAUAUUAUAGCACAUAGGGAAUUCUUAGAGAAAAAGGCUAAGCAACAAGAGAAAGAGUUAGAACAACAUAUGGAAUAUUUUAGUGAAGAGGUCCAUAUUUUAAAAAUCUCAAACCAGAAACGUUUAGAUAAUUUAGUCUUAGACCAGAUAAGAGAGAAAGCCUUAAGAAUAAUUAGAAGUAAGGGCGAUAAGAAUAGUUUAGAAUUAGUAGAUAAGGCCCAAAUGACAUUAGAACGUACCUUAGAAUUAAAAUUCCAGUUAGAUAAGUUGGAUCGUAGACUAAAUGAGAAUAUGCCACCACCAGCACUUAAUGUUAUGGAUAAGUUACACUUUAGAAGUAAGGUAUUAAGUAAUGAGAAUAGGGAACAAUAUAGCGAGCAGUGGAAUAAUGUUAUACGUAAGAGUAAGUUAGAUUUAACAUCCAUAAUGAGAUUAGCUAAGGUAAAAGAGAUAGACCAGACUGAGAAAGAGCACUUAGAAUUAGUUGAGAAAAUCCCAAUAGGAAUAAGGGCAGCCUAUAAAGAUCUAAUAAGUACAAUCCAGAUAAGGCAAGAUAGACGAGUACAGAAGAAGUUACAUUUUUUAGAGAGAAAGGCGCAAAGAAUAAUAGAAAAAUAGCUAGAGGGAUAGAAAGAAAUAGUAAGGUUAAGAAUUUACAUCCCCAUUAUACCCCACUCGGAUUCCCACCUCAAGUAAAUAAUAAGGUAUUAAGUUUAGGAGAGGAAGAGAGAAGAAUCUUAAAUUAUGGCCCCAAAUUUGUACCAGUUAACCCCAAACAAGCUCUAGAUAGAUUAGAAGAUGAGAUUAAGGCAAUGAAAGAUAAGGUAGUUGAGGCAUGGAGAAGAGAAACUAAGACAGUGAAUAAAAAUCCCAUUAUAGUUGAGAAGUUCGCAAAUAGAUUAGAAGAAGAGUUAAGAAGUAAGAUUAGUGAGGGAACAGCACAAGACCCAGUAAUAGAGAAGGCCUUAGAACGUUUUCAAAGAGAACAAAAAAAGGGGAAAGUAAUUUUCAGACAGACAGACAAAUCAAAAGUAUUCCACGUUGACAGGCCUGAGACAUAUAUUGAGAAGUCGAUAGCAUAUAUGAAAAAGACAGACGCCUACCAAGAGAUAGAAAAAUCCCCAUUAGAUAGCAUGAUAGAAAAGACAGAGC